AUGGUACUGAGAAUGAUGCAACUGGUAAUGAAGGUACUGGGGGGUGUCUCACUUUUCACGGAGAGAUUGAGAUGGGUGAGAAUGUCACGGAAAAGAGAUGAGCAAGUGUUUGAAGAUACAGAAGUAAGACCAGUAGUUGUCUAUCAGCCACGGGAUGAUGGUACAGGUUUGGUUUUAGGUCAAGAAUUUAGAACCAAGGAGGAAGCAAAAGUCCAUAUUCAGACGGCUUCACAUAAGAAAUGUUUUGAGUUUGAUAUAACUAAGUCGGAUACUCAGAGAUUUGUCGUUAAAUGCCGAGGAGCCAAAGACGGUUGCAAGUGGUUUGUGCGAGUUGCAAAGUUAAAGAAAGAAUACAUCUUUGGACGGUUAGAAGUUACAUCAAGCAUCAUACAUGUUCUGUUGUUACUACAAGAACACUGCCUAAUAGAAGGAAAGGCACAUCACAAAUCGUUGCAUCUGUUUUGGCUCAAGAUUAUCCUGCAUAGAAGGGUUCAGUGCGAUGAGGAAAGUCCUCAUUGUGGAUGGAACACACCUGAAAAUGUUUAUGGUGGAGUUCUCCUUGUUGCGACUGCUCAGGAUCCUGAUCAUCACCACUACCCAAUUGCGUUUGGUGUAGCAGAUGGUGAGAAUGAUGAAAGCUGGAUAUGGUUUAUGGAACAGUUGAAAUCAGUGAUAUCUGAUGUCCCGGGAUUGGUAUUUCUUUCAGAUAGAAACAAAAGCUUGAUCAAGUCAGUACGUCUAGUGUUCCCUGAGGCCGAACAUGGGUAUUGUAUAUGGCAUUUGUCUCAGAAUGUUAAAGCCCAUGUCCAUAACAACAAAGAUACUUGUGCAAGCAAGUUUAGAGACUGCGCACACGCUUAUACGGAGGCUGAGUUCAAGUACCAAUAUCAUGCUUUUCGCCGGAGGUAUCCUAGUGCAGCAGCGUAUCUUGACAAAAGUGUUGAAGAGAAGAAGUGGGCUAGAUGUUACUUCAGAGGAGAUAGGUACAAUGUUGACACCACGAAUUCAGUAGAAUCUUUUAAUGGUGUUAUCAAGGAAGCGAGAAAGUAUACCUUACUACCAAUGUUUGAUGUUAUCAUUGCGAAAAUGUCUGAAUGGUUUAACAACCAUAGGAAGGAGGCAGCUGAAAUACCAUACACACUGAAGCUUGUGCCUAUUUUGGAAACCGAAAUGUCUAAAAGAUGUAUUGAUGCGGGAUUUCUUACAAUUGACGAACUAAACAGCUUCCAUCUUGAGUACAGUGUGCAUGGUACUGACGGCAAGGUUUAUACUGUUGACAUGGCUAGGAAUACUUGCAGUUGUGAGCAAUUUGAUAAAGACAAAUACCCUUGUGUGCAUGCAGUGGCUGCUGCCACAUUCAUGUCUAAGGCAGCGGGAAGGGAACUUCAUCUAUCUGAGACCAUAUAUCCUGUUCCUCAUAUGUCUGAUUGGGUUAUACCAGAAGAUGUUAAAGCAAAGAAAAUACUUCCUCCAGAUUAUGACAAGAAGAAAGGAAAACCACAACAAACAAGAUUUCCAUCAGUAGGAGAAUCCCGUGGAAGAGGCAAGAGAGGCAGAGGGGGAGCUAGAGGAGCCAGAGGCAGAGGCAGAGCCAGAGGAGAAGGUAUGGCAUCGUAUUUUGAAUGUGGGAGUGGUUCAGGUACUACCUAG